UAGUUGUGUGUGCUUGAUGAACAGAGUUUGUAUUAUAGAAUGGAUAAAAUACUUUUUUUUAAGAUGCAAUUAGUGUAUACUGUUAUUAUUAAUAAACUUUCGUUACUCGUUACAGUUUAGAACUCUUUUAUUUGCAACUGUUACGACUUUAACUAGCUUCUAUUAAAUGCAAAUUUUCAAAUCGUACGUCCCUUCAAAAUACGCGCCUUUUACGAUCGUGAACGCCGCCUAGAGACAGGAAAUCUCACUAAAAAUAUGACGUCAAUCAGCUACGUCAGUGCCUCUCAUGUUUGUUCGCAGUUGCAGACCGCACUGUUGCGAUCAAUAUCAUCUACCUGUUCUGCAAUUUGCGACAGGUAGUUUUCCUUUUUUCAUGUGCGAGCUUAUUUGACCCGUUGCAGUUUUCACAAUCGAAAGAAAAACAAUGUUUGGCAAACGAAUUACGUUCUGUUUACUUUUGUGCGCGUUUAUUUUCGAUCUGACGAGAUGCUAUAGCGUGGAAAAGUUCUCGAUCCUUAUGCCCAAUGUCAAGCCAAAUGUUCCAGAGUUAUAUCUUUGUACUCCAGUGAAAAUAGAUCCUGAUAAUACUUACUAUAUUGUUGGUUUUGAACCAAACGCAACAAUGAACACUGCGCACCAUAUUAUUUUGUACGGUUGCAGUAAACCAGGAAGUUCCAAGCCAGUCUGGAAUUGUGGAGAAAUGGCUUCGCAAGACAGCGAAAUGACUGUUGCUGGUCCUUGUCGAGGAGAAUCAGAAAUUAUUUAUGCCUGGGCUCGGGAUGCUCCAGCAUUAAUACUUCCAGAUGGUGUGGGAUUUAAAGUUGGCAGAAAUUCAAAAAUUCAGUAUUUAACGUUACAAGUACACUAUGCUCAUGUUGAUUCAUUCGAAGAUGGUAGCACAGAUGACUCUGGUAUUACCUUACAUCUUACACAAGAGCCUUUGAGAAAGCUUGCUGGAGUAUAUAUAUUGGGUACCGGUGGUAGUAUCCCACCCAAGGCAGUGGAGUACAUGGAAACAGCUUGCAUGGUCAAGGAAAAUAAAACUCUUCAUCCAUUCGCAUACAGAACCCAUACUCACACCUUAGGGAAAAUUGUAUCUGGAUACAUUGUCAAAAAUAAUAACGAAUGGAUAGAACUUGGUAAAAGAGAUCCGUUGACUCCACAAAUGUUCUACGAAACUCAAUCAAAAGUUGCUAUACACCAAGGAGAUACGUUGGCUGCUAGAUGUACGAUGCAGAGUAAUCGUGAUAAAUGGACCUACAUUGGAAUGACAGGCAAGGAUGAAAUGUGCAAUUUUUACAUAAUGUAUUACGUAGAAGACGAUGUACCUUUGGAGGAAUCAUGGUGCUUCACUUCUGGACCACCUGAUUAUUAUUGGAAGAAAACAAAUCUUCAGAACAUUCCUGAUAUGGAAGCUUCUACACUGUAAUCUGUCCUUGCACCAACUUACUUAAAAAUCAUAUUUGUAAACAUUUACAACCAACAUAAUCAGUGGAGUGAUGGUCAAAAGAAUAUUCUGAUUUUAAAUUUUGAACAAACUUGUCAAUCAUACUUCAAUUUUUCGUUUUUAUAGAAGCAAAAAUUAAUUUUUAAAACAAUGUUCCACAAACUUUUGUGACCUUUGAUAACUUUUAAUAUAUUUUGUUUUUAACUUUCGUUUGAAAACAGAAUCGUGAAUUUCAAUUGUCUAAAUCAUUUCAGGGCCUAUUUACUAGCGCGGCUUAUUUCCUUAAGAUAAACUCUAAAACAAAAAUGUAAUUUUCCUCAUUCUACUUAAGCAUUAUGUAAACAUUCAAAAUACGUUGCAUCAUGCUCAUUAUUUUGUUACUCGAAAAUUCAUUUUCUUCUGCUUAUUGAAAAUUCAAAUAUUCUAAUUAUGAACUUUAAAAUAUAUUUUUAAAACGUUAUCUAAAGGAUUGAAUUCAGUUGUAUAAAAUUGUAGAUAUUAUUUAACAAUUAAUAUUAAAUGUUUAUUGAUGUUAUUUGAUCACCAAAGAGUUCGCCUAUUUUCUAAAUUAUUUGAAGUUGUUCUGUUAAUUUAAAAGUUUUUCGAUUUAUGAAUAUUUUACGCAUAGUAUUGUUGCGAUACAUAGUGAUGAAUAUAUAGUCACACCUCAUAUACGCUCUUAAAGUUUUGAGUUUUAGUUUGCCUACAAAUCUAUCAAAGACUGUACAUAUAGUUUAGUUUUGUAUAUGUGUCCGAAAGCCUCUAAUUUUAACUUCAAUCUAAGGAACACGUGAUUAUUUUAUAUUUAUAAACUCCGUAAAUUUACUUAUAUAAAUAAAGAAAACCAUUACCUUAUGAAACUAUAACAGACUGAAAUAGAAUGCGAAUGAGUUGUGAUGAUGAGUAAAAAAACUAUGUAUGCUGUCCGGAGGCUAUCAAUUGUGUAAAUAUAAUUUGUGAUAAAAAUGUGAAACGUGUUAAUAAAAGAACAAUACAUAUAAACGUAUAAUCAUCCGUGUAAUUU